AUGACAGGCCUCCCCGUCCCAGACCCCUGCAUCUCGUUCUGGCAGCAGACGACCAGAUCGUUCCCCUACCUGAACCACAAUGACCAGCAGCCCGUGCCGAAAACUUCUAGAUACGUCGUCAUAGGUUCCGGGAUUUCGGGUGCCUUGACUGCCUACAAACUCGUCGAGGGCGGUGUAUCGGGCUCGGAUAUUGUGAUCCUCGAGGCUCGGGAAGCGGCCAGCGGCGCCAGCUCUCGCAACGCAGGCCAUGUCAGGCCGGACGCCUUCCGCGGCUUCACGACUUAUAAGAAGCUCCACGGCGAAGAGCAAGCGUUAAAGGUCAUCGCCAACGAGAGGGCCGUCUUUCACGCCAUCGACGAGUUCGUGAGAGAGCACGGCGUGCAGUGCGAUUUCAACCCCACAACCACCUUCGACGUCUGCUUGACGCAGGAGUUUGUCGAACACAACGCCCAGAGCCUAAAGGAGUACCGGGAAGCUGGUGGUGAUAUAUCACACAUCAAGUUCUAUACUGGCGAAGAAGCAAGGGAGAAGACCGGUGUCCACGGCGCCCUGUGCGCAUACGAAUGGCCGGCGGGGUCUAGCCAUCCUGCCAAACUCGCGCAAUGGCUGCUGACGAAGAGCAUCGAGAGUGGUGUACGAUUCUUCACUCAUUGUCCGGCCACGGCUGUGGCCAAAUCGCAGUCCAGCGGAAGUGAACCAAAUUGGGACGUGCAGACGCCCCGCGGCACCAUCGCAACUGUCACUGUGAUUCAUUGCACCAAUGCGUUCGCGUCGCAUUUGCUGCCACAGCUCGCUGCCUUCGUCGCGCCGGAACGCGCCCAGGCUCAUGCUUUCGUACCACCGGCGGCACUCACCGGUAGCAAGAUCCUACCGAGUACGGUAUCACUGAGGCAUGGGCUUCGGCACUUCUACUCGGUCAACCAACGUCGUGCGGAUGGAAUCAUCAUCUUGGGUGCGGCUGCAGCGAGUCCCUUCGUAAGCGAAGCAGCAUACACAGCCAAGCGAACUUCCAACGACCAGGCCAUCAGCGAGGAGAUUCGUGAUGAUUCGGUGGCAAACUUCCAGCGGUGUUUUGCAGAAUGCCGGCCGGAGAACCUGAGUCGAGGUGAGGGACUACUUCACGCCUGGACGGGCAUCAUUGGCAUGACCCCCGAUAUAGUGCCGUUCGUCGGAAAGGUCGACGGAUACCCGGGUCAAUGGGUGUGCGCCGGGUUCAACGGGCACGGUAAGUCCCCUCCAUCAUUGACGCGAUAA